AUGCAUUGUGAGAUUCUGGAAGAUUCAGACAUGGAUUCCACAGAGAGUUGGAUUGAAAGGUGCCUCAGUGAGAGUGAAAGCAAACGGUUUCCGAACCACACCUCCCUGGCGAACGUGUCCAUUGGUGAGGAACAUGAAGAAAAGGAAAAUAACCGAGCAUCGAAACCACACUCCACUCCAGCAACUCUGCAGUGGCUGGAGGAGAACUAUGAGAUUGCAGAAGGAGUGUGUAUCCCUCGCAGUGCUCUGUACAUGCACUACCUGGACUUCUGUGAGAAGAAUGACACACAGCCAGUCAAUGCAGCAAGUUUUGGCAAGAUAAUUCGUCAGCAAUUUCCACAAUUAACGACGAGGAGAUUAGGAACAAGAGGCCAGUCAAAAUACCAUUAUUACGGGAUAGCUGUGAAGGAGAGCUCACCGUAUUACGAUGUGAUGUAUUCCAAGAAAGGAGCAGCCUGGGUAAACGAGACGGGGAAGAAAGAAGUGGCAAAGCAGACGGUGGCAUAUUCACCACGCUCCAAGCUGGGCACAUUGCUGCCAGAGUUUCCAAAUGUCAAAGAUCUAAAUCUGCCAGCGAGCCUCUCGGAGGAGAAGGUUUCCACCUUCAUUAUGAUGUACCGAACUCACUGUCAGAGAAUCCUAGACACAGUGAUCAGGGCAAAUUUUGAUGAGGUUCAAAGUUUCCUUCUACACUUUUGGCAAGGAAUGCCACCCCACAUGCUCCCGGUCCUGGGCUCCUCCACUGUUGUGAACAUCGUAGGUGUUUGUGACUCCAUAUUGUACAAGGCAAUCUCCGGGGUUUUGAUGCCCACCGUUCUACAGGCAUUACCAGACAGUUUGACACAGGUGAUUCGCAAAUUUGCUAAACAGUUGGACGAGUGGCUAAAAGUUGCACUUCAUGAACUUCCUGAAAAUUUAAGAAAUAUCAAAUUUGAAUUGGCAAGAAGAUUUUCCCAGGUUCUCAGACGCCAGACCUCAUUAAAUCACCUCUGUCAGGCAUCACGGGCAGUGAUCCACAGUGCGGAUAUAACUUUCCAAAUGUUGGAAGACUGGCGAAAUGUGGACCUGAACAGCAUCACCAAACAGACCCUGUACACCAUGGAGAAUUCGCGAGAGGAGCACAGGAAACUCAUUGUGAAAUUGUAUCAGGAAUUUGAUAAUCUUCUAGAGGAGCAGUCGCCCACUGAGUCUUACAUUGAAUGGUUGGAUUCCAUGGUGGACAGAUGCGUUGUCAAGGUUGCUGCGCAGAGGCCUGGGAGUCUGAAGAGAGUGGCUCGGCAAUUUCUGCUGAUGUGGUCCUGCUUUGGGACGAGAGUUAUUCGGGACAUGACGUUGCACAGCGCGCCGAGCUUUGGCUCAUUCCACCUAAUCCACCUGACAUUUGAUGACUACGUACUUUAUCUUCUGGAAUCUCUGCACUGUCAGGAAAGAGCAAAUGAACUAAUGAGGGCAAUGAAAGGAGAAGCCAGCUCAGGAGACAGGAGGGAAGAUGCGGGAUCGUCAGAUCACACUCCACCAACGCAAUCGCCAGGCCCUUUCUCUCCCGCAAAAUCCAUCACUGCGGAAAUCCAACCAGCCUCACCUGUCAGCAGCCAGUCUCCUGAAUACACUGGAUUAACAGCACCAGGAGCUGUCCAAUCAUACACUUGGUCUCUGACAUAUACUGUUACAACAGGCUCCGCACCACCCGACAGCCCGCAACAGCUACCCUGUAUGAGAAGCAAUAAUGUGCCCACGGCAUCCUCAACUCACAGAAUGCCAGUCUACCCACACAGAGAGGAACAUGGGUACACAGGAGGGUACAGCUAUGGUAGUUACAGCAAUCAGCCCUCCCUUCCAAUUCAGAGUCAGUACCCAGCCCUAACACACGACAGCCUUUCUUCUCCAUUGCCAUAUCCUGCUUAUCAUCGGAGUAGCUCACAGUACCCUUUCAACAGCCAGACCCCGAGGAUGGAGCCCUGCUUGAUGAGCGGCACCCCACGGCUGCACUCCACGCCGGUGACACCCCGCUGGCCCGAUGUGCCUUCAGCCAACAGCUGCUACAGCAACCCCGCCAUGCACACAGCGCGGUAUGGGAACUCGAGUGAGAUGUACACGCCCCUGGUCCCCCGGAGAAGCGCCGAGUACGAACACGCGCAGCAUUUUCCUGGUUUUGCCUACAUCAACGGGGAAGCGACCACCGGGUGGGCCAAGUAA